CCCGGCACGGGCGGAAGGGCAGAGCCGGGCUGUAUGGAAGGGUCACCCCCAGACACAGGCGGGGGCUGGCCCCGAGGCGCUCAGCGGCCCCUCGGAGCGGGGGUGGCCGCCGAGGGAGGGGCGGGGGCAGCCCGGGGCCGCCCCCCGUCCGGGGCUGCCGUGCGGCGGCAGCGGAACGCGGCGGCGGGCGCGGGUUGCGGAGGGCCGCUUUGAGGCGGGCACCGCGCGGCGCGGCGCCGGCAUGAGGGAGCUCCCGCCGGGCCCGGGGAUGGAGAGCGACAUCUUGGACGCGCUGGAGGCCUUGGGGUACACGGGUGCCCUGUUGGAGGAGGAGGCCCUGAAAAAAGCAGCAGAAAAUGGAUUGUCUUCACCAGAAUUUUUUGAGCUUUGCAUUUGGUUAGGUUCCCAGAUAAAGUCACUUUGUAAUAUGGAAGAAAGCAUCACUGCAGCAGAUGGAGUGAAAGAUACAGAGAGCUUCCAGCUUGAAAUUAGUGGCUUUCUGAGAGAAAUGGCUUGUCCAUAUUCAUCCCUGGUGUCUGGAGACAUCAAAGACAGGUUAAGAGAGAAAGAAGAUUGUCUUAAACUCCUUUUAUUUCUAAGUACAGAACUUCAAGCUUUAAAGAUACUGCAGAGCAAGAAAGUUAAAGGCUCUCAUUUGGAAAAGCACAAUGAAAUUAUUCAGGAAAUGCAAACCAUUUGUGAUGCACUGGGUCUGCCAAACUCCUCAUCUUCUGGUAUUCCUCCCUUGUUAACCAGUGUGGAACAAAAGGUGAAGGACAUUCUCUCAAAAGUUAAAAAUAACCAUGUCGGGAAAUCACUGCUGACAAAACCUCUGAACUCUGACCAAGUGGAAAGAUUGGAAAAGAUCAAUGAUGCUCUUCGCAGUGAGUACGAGUGUCGACGGCGGAUGUUGAUGAAGAGGCUCGAUGUGACUGUGCAGUCUUUUGGCUGGUCUGAUAGAGCAAAGGUAAAAACAGAUGAAAUAGCACGGAUUUAUCAGCCCAAGCGCUACGCGCUGUCUCCAAAGUCCACCAUUACAUUAGCUCACCUUCUUGCUGCUCGCGAGGAUUUGUCCAAGAUCAUAAGAACCAGUAGUGGAUCAACACGGGAGAAGACCGCCUGUGCUAUCAACAAGGUUCUGAUGGGGAGAGUCCCUGACCGUGGAGGCAGACCGACAGAGAUUGAACCACCUCCUCCUGAAAUGCCUCCAUGGCAAAAAAGACAGGAAGGUGGUGGAAGAGGUGGCUGGGGGGGUGGUGGUGGUGGAAGGGGUAACUGGGGGGGUGGAGGGGGUAGAGGAGGAGGAGGUGGAGGUUUCAGAGGUGGUGGAAGAGGUGGGGGUGGCUUCCAGGGUGGAGGAGGCUUCCAGGGUGGGGGUGGCUUCCAGGGUGGGGGAGGCUUCCAAGGUGGAGGUGGCUUCCAAGGUGGCAGGGGAGGUUAUGGUGGCAGGGGAGGCUAUGGUGAUCCGUAUGGUGGAAGGGGAGGGGGAGGAUACCGAAGAUACUAAAGCACUGUAAAUUUUUACAGAGUAACUGGCAGAAUAUAGUGGUGGUGUUUACUGGUACUAGGAAUUUAGAUAUGUUCACUUGGGUUUAGGUUAGAAUUAAGUAUGAGCAUAUGAGUAAAUUCAUUAGACCAACUGAUGUUCUCAUGAGUUCUCUUAGUUAACUGAAGUUUUAUACUAAAAUCUGAUGACUGAAGUCCUUGUUUUUCAUACUGCUUAUAUGGUGUUUUUUAUUAUGUCAUUUUAUUUAAAAUAAGUCUCAGAAAACUGAAUAAAACCCUUUCUAAACAAACAAAAAUAUAUUAAUGGUCAGACCUCUCUAAUUAUUGCACGUUGCAUGUCUACUCUCCUGCUCCAAAAUGUGGUGUAGAAAAAACAAAGUAGGCCUAACAACUGGAUGAAACCACUUUGAAAAGACUCAAGAAUGCUGCUUUCAGGCUUGUUCUCUUCAUGUCAUUGUUCUUCAUCCAUAGUUUUCAUGAAAAUUAAUUCAUGCAUUCAUUCAUGUAAAUGAAUUUUAAUUUCAAAUGUUAAAAUCUUUAAGGCUUUGGUGAAAAUUACUCAAUUAGAUUUGAUUAUUCUUGCAGAACUUCACAUUACAGUAACGUUGUGAAUUAAUACUCUACAUAAAUUAUUCAAAUGAGAUUGGUUUUUGUGUUUAUAAUGUAUCAGACACUUAAAUGGUCAGAGCAUGUACUGUAAACUCAUCAUAGUGAGUUUUGAUAGUGUCUUAUUUUCAUUUUACCUGUUUUCCAUUGUCGGUGUUUCAUUAAAAAAAAUUAAAUCAGAUCGAGCAGAAAACCUGCAGCCAUCACGUCUGGUAUGAAUUCAUGUCAGCUUUGAGACACAAAGUUGGAAUAAGCUGAGCUUUAUAAGAAAGAACAUGACAUUUCUUCUCACCUUUUUUUCUUUCCCCUUGUUUUUUUUUAAAUUAUUCUCUUCUCCGUUGCCUUUUCUCAGUGAUUUCUCUCUCUACCUGUCGUGAGAUGGUAUGGGUGCCUUCUCCCUCACAUGCACUGUUAGUCUAGGAGGAGUUAGCUGACAUACCAUCACGGCUGUAAAUAUAUGUAGACAGGAAUUAAAUUUAGCACUGUCACUUGAAGAAGUCAGUUUCUGCUGCCCAGUGUCUUUUAGAUCUCCCAUGUUGUGAGGCUGCUCCUGAGUACAGAGGUGGGAAGGGGAUACUCCCUGAGUAUGUUCUUGUGACAGCAUUUAUCAGGGCCAGGUCACUACAGAGAGAUUCAGGAAGGCAUCUGAUGAACCUGGUGUGUCUGAUGAUUAAAUAGCACAGCAGACUUGAAGCACUUGUAAUUGUAGGCGUAACUGCAGGUUGAACUUUAGCAUUUGAUUUUGGAUUUAUGUUCCUCAGUCACAAGUUCUUUCUGCACAAAUUUCCUAUUGGUGUCCAUUGGUAUGCUUUAAAGAAGUUGUUUUACCUUCAUAAACAUACAUAUCGUGUCCUGUUUCAUUGGCAACUUCAUGCGUGAAUGUAAAGUUCUGUUCCAAAUCAAAUUACUAUCUUCCAAAAGCUUUUCUUCUGUUAUUUCCUCUCUCAUCAGUUUGCUUGAGAAUGCUGCUUCUAAUGUGAUAUAUAUGGCUUUGCCUGGACUUUAGGGUUGCAGCAGGUGCCUGACAAAAAGAAGCAGAAGUUUUGCUUGCUGGAACAUGUUAGCUGGGAUGUGAACUUUUACAAUAAUGGCUUAAUGUCACCCAACUGCUAGCACUGCAGUUCCUUUGCCAGAAAUUUUCUAUGCUUCUUACUGGCCUAAGCUCUUGGCAGCCUCUGCAGUCAAUAUUGAGAGACCCCCUCAUGGGUCACAUGGGAGCACAGUACUGGUUCUCUUGAUUCCAAGCUUGGUUUUUGCCUAAUGCUCUGGAAUAGCUCCCAAACCAAUGACAUACCAAAUGAGACUGCUGGCCUUGGAGCAAAUUGUUGGUCACCAAAGGAAUAGAGAGCAGCUUUUUAACAACCAAAGCCUUAAGAUUAAAUUCUGUUUGCUCACCCCAAUGUUUCUUUUUGCUGAAAAUAAUCAGCAGUCAAGCAUGUGGCUUCAUCAAGGAACUACACUUGGAAAAACAAACUACCUAUCUAUGCUUAAAGGUUUCAUUAGUCUUAGGAUGCAAGAUUGCAGCAGUUUAGUUGGAUUGUUGUAACUGCAGAUGUGGAUGUGCCUUGGUGUUUUUACACUCAUCAGUCCGUCCUGUUUGUUAGUAGGCAGGACAGUUCUGAAUUAAGUAAAUCAUCAAGUGAAGCAGGUACAUGCCCACUUCAAUUCUAACAGUUAAAUUAUUUCAGUAUCAUAUUUCAGUUAUGUGUAUGUAGACCAUGUAAAAUAGGGAAAUACAAAUAGGCUGGAGAUUUUCGUUUUUAAUCUGGCUGUUUCAGUAUUUCUUAAAUAACUUCAAAACGUGGAGCCAGUAGUUAAAAAAUAAAGUAAGCACCACCAUAUUUCAUGGAGGUAUCCUUUGCCGUCCUUUUGUCAGAAUGUAUGCUUUUAAUUUCUCAAACAAUGCAAUAACAACAUGAAAGAAACUGAUUUAAACAUCAAGUUUUAUCUUGAAAAAAAGUCUUCUCAAAAAUUGUUGUAAGUAAAAGAUUUUCAUAUAUAUGUGAACAUUUUUGUGUUUAUUUGCACUUAAUGAAUACCUAAGUUAAUAUUGUUUUGUUUGUUGAAGAUCUGAAAAAAAAGGUUGGGGAUUUUUUUCAGGAAUUGAGAGACGCUUUUGUCAACAGCUGUAAACACUGAGGAAUAAAGUACUGUAUUUGAAAUUA